UUGCGCUUGCGCAGGACUCCGCCCAUAACUUUUUGGUUGGUGUGAAUCACGUCACAAGUGAAUUACUCACAGGAUAUAAUUUACGAGAUCAGUCUAGAAAGUCGUCUGUUAGGAUAAGGCCAUUUGAAUAUAAUUUAGCUUUCAAGCACUUCAUUAAGAUUCUUCCACAUCAUCCUUUCAGAUCAUAAUGAGCUCCCAACAGUACUAUCCAUUCAAGUGUACUCCUAGUGUAUAUCCUGCAGAGCCCUUUGAUGCUAAUGCUGAUGCAGCAGCCCUCAGGAAGGCUAUGAAAGGAUUUGGCACAGAUGAGCAAUCCAUUAUUGAUGUUCUGGCCAGGAGGGGAAUAGUGCAAAGGCUAGAAAUCUCAGAAGCAUUCAAAACUCUGUAUGGAAAGGACCUAGUUAAAGAACUAAAAAGUGAACUUGGAGGCAAAUUUGAAGAUGUUAUUGUAGCACUCAUGACACCAUUGCCCCAGUUUUAUGCAAAGGAACUUCAUGAUGCAGUGAGUGGAGUGGGAACUGAUGAAGAAGCCAUAAUUGAGAUACUGUGCACUCUCAGUAAUUAUGGUAUCCGCACAAUAUCAGCAUUUUAUGAAAACUUAUAUGGGAAAUCAUUAGAAAGUGAUUUAAAAGGUGACACAUCUGGACAUUUCAAGAGACUUUUGGUUUCUUUAUGCAUGGGUAAUAGAGAUGAAACCCAGACUGUGGACCCAUCAGCUGCAAGAGCUGAUGCACAUGCAUUAAUAGCUGCAGGGGAGAAGAAACAAUGGGGCACAGAUGAAUCCGUCUUCAAUUCUGUGCUAGUGACACGUAGCUAUCAACAGCUGCGCCAGACAUUUGUGGAGUACGAGCAGCAAGCAGGUCAUGAUAUUGAAGUAGCUAUCAAAAAGGAGUUCUCAGGAGGCAUUGAGAAAGGAUUACUUGCUAUAGUGAAAUGCGUUAAGAGCAAAGUUGGAUUUUUUGCCGAGCGUCUCCAUGACAGCAUGGCUGGCUUUGGCACUAAGGACAAAACAUUGAUCCGCAUCAUUGUAUCACGCUCUGAAAUUGAUCUAGGUGAUGUAAAGAAGGCCUUUGAAGAUAAGUAUGGAAAGACUCUUGACAGUUUCAUAUCUGGGGACACGACUGGUGAUUACAAGAAGGUUUUGUUGGCACUGGUGGAUUAGGAGACUCGACCUCAAGAUGUCAUUGAUAUUCUACAGAUGUGAAGACAUUAUAUACAUAGUGUCUUCAUUUACAGAUAAAUAUUUUAUAAAACAGUGCCUAAUUUGUUGGACUUACGCACAGCUCAAGUCCAUGUUCAUUCUAGAAGACUGGUGUUUCAUUAUAUGUAUUUUCAUUUGCUCGAUUGCUUUCUUUUCAUUCUCGAUAACUGUAUCUCUCAUUGAUCUAAAUAUCAAGCUCGAAAACACAGUAAUGUACCUGUAGACAAACAUAAUUAAGUUGUUGCUUCAUUAAUUUUACAUGAUUUUGAGAAUAGAACAUGGAUGUUUAAGGUUUUUACUAUUAAAGUUUUUAAUUUUUGUACUGCAGGAAAGUAAGCAGUGGUAAAACACUGGCUUAAAAAAAGUUCCUUCUGCAAACAUCAUUAAAUUCUUGAAUGUUUUUAUGUUGUGACAAUUUAUAUAUAUAUAUUUAUACACACACACAAAUACUAUUGUUUUCUACAGUUGUAUCUUAAUUUCUGAACUGAAGCUUUAUUGAUAUUUUUGUUUAUAUAUGCAGGAAAGAGAACAAUCUUAACCUCUAAUGGUUCUACUGAUAUUAGCUUAAGGAAACAAUUAGAAGUGAAGUUAAUGUUGGAUACCAGUAUUUCUGUCAUUCAUUCAUGCAUUCCAGUCUGACUUUGUUUCUGUGCCAUCAGUGACAAACUUUAAUAAGUAUUUGUACUUUUUUCUGACAUUCCAGAGCUGGUGAGGUAAUAAAUCCUUCGCACUCAAAGGGUUAAUGAGAUUACUUGUUUGUUUACUGCUACUUUUACAGGAGAGUUCAGUUUUAGUUUAUUUUGGGGAAGGGGGAGUAAUUAAAACAUAAUCUGAGUAAUAUAUAUUGACUGCAACCAGUAACUUACAAUGGUAAUGAAGGAAGAAAUUUCAAUGUAUAGGCUCAUUAUUUUACUACCAUUUGCUAUAUUUAUAUGAGAGAUCCAAGUUUUCAUGGCAGUGAAAUGGGCCAUGGUGUAUUGAUACAUAACAGUAUAUGUUAAAUUUGUUGAAAAAAAUAGCACCCAUCAUUAUGAUUUCCUAGAAUUUAUUAACGGAAUGCAAUUUGAGGACAAGCCAGAAGGCUUUAAAAACAAAGCAUUAUUAUACUACAAUAAUAUUUCAAGCAUGGUGCCUAUUUCUUCACUGUUUAUUGAUACUAGCUUGGUAUUCUUUGGAUUUUUGGAGAUAAAGAUUUUCUGUGUUUAUUACAGUAAUAGAAGGCCAUUGUAGGAACAGAUAAUAGUGAUUAUGUGUGUGUGUGUAUACAUAGAUAUAUAUUUAGGGAAUUUCAUCCAGGGAAUCUGUCAGAUCACUGACUAUAAACAUGAAAUGUGACAUGAUUAAAAAGUACAUUUUCCCCAUUGUGUUGACUCCAGUACACACAAAUGACCCUGUUAUUUCUCAAAGUAGUCAUCAAAAUAUCUAUUGUUUGUUUUAAUUCCUAAGGUGAACAAAUAACAUGUAAAUAUGGCUUAGAUUUUCCUGAGCAAAUUGUACUUACUGAUUCAGUAGUAACGGAGCGCUUAACUGUGACAGAAUGUGGUGUUGCUAGUUGCAGUGAACAAACAAACUGAAGACUAAAAGAGACAGAAAAAACUGUUCUGAUUAAAAAUGAAAUAUGACUGUCUGUUUUGAAUAACAAUUUGUAUAACAAUUCUUGUGCAUUUGCCAGUAUCUAACCUUUAUGAAUGGCAGGGGAAUUACCUGGGUUUUGAUUCCCCACCCACUUUCUUUCAAAAAAUACAUGUAAGUCUUCACAUCAAGUGCCCAUUAUUGUUGUCUGAUCUUAACCAAAAUUUGAAUGUGUUGAUAAAUUGUAGUCAAAGUAAUCAAUAUCAAAUUUAAUGAAAAACCAUUUAGCCAUUCCCAUGUCGUUACAUGUGAACAGAUGGAUUGAUUUGGUAGGUACCCUGCAAGAAUGCAAAUGAACCUAAAAAAGUGUAAUGAAUUUUUGAUAACCAAAAUGAUAUUUCAGAAGUAGCAGAAGUGAAACUUCCUUUUUUUUCAUCUCAUGUAUUAAAAUGUUUUUAUAAUUUAUUUUUAAGAAUAUAAUUCAUUUGAUAUAUAUAUAUAUAUAUAUAUUAUAUUAUAUUAUAUAAUAGAUAUCCAGAAAUUGGAAACUCAGUACAUGUUAAACUUUCAUAUUUUUAAAUUACUGAUUCAUAUUUACAUAUUUAAUCUUUGUUAGUAUCUUUAUACAGGAUUAUUCAUAAUUCCCUGACACAUUACAAAAAAUCACUAUAGACUUGAAUGGUGCAAUGGAUGGUAAUAUAGGACAUGCCAACAGAAAGAGAAACUCUCCAAGUUUAUUUUACAUACCUCAUAAAUGUUCUAUGUGUCCGCCCUUUGUGAUGCGGCAGACAUCAAGCCAAUAAUCCAUUCCCGCCCAUACCCGCUGCAGCAUGUUACGAUCGAUUUGUGAGAUGGCAGCCAUAAUUCAUCUUCACAUCUCAGGCAGAUCCUGUGGCAGAGGCAGUACAAAGACCUGGUCCUUUACGUACCCCAUAACAAAAAAUCACAUGGCCUCAGGUGAUCGGGGUGGCCAACGAAGCAGCGCAUGGUCAUUGGCAGCCAUGCAUCCAAUCCAGUGUUGUGGCAAAUGCUGUUUGUGGUAGCUGUGGCAGAGCCCCAUCUUGCUGAUAAAUGAAGGCAUUGCUGUGAUCAUGAAGCUGCAGCAUUAGCCAUUCCUGCAUCAUCUCAAGAUAGGGCAUGCCAGUGACGGUUGCCUUGGGGAAGAAUGGCCCGUACACCUUCUCCCUGGAUAUGGAACAGAAAACGUUCAGUUUCCGUGAAUCCCGAAUGUGCUCAAUUGUGGCAUGUGGGUUUUCACUUCCCCAUACCCGCACAUUGUGUCUGUUCACCUUCUCAUAAACAUGAAAUGUAGCUUUGUCGCUGAAAUUUGGAGAGUUUCUCUUUCUAUCAGCACGUCGCAUUUUACCAUCCUUUGCACCAUUCAAGUCUGGCAAUUUUUUGUAAUGUGUCGGGGAAUUAUGAAUAACUCUGUAUAAGGACCAUGCUUGGACUUGGACUAUUAAUGACUCACUGAUAAAUUGACUUACAUUGAAUUUGGCAGUGAACGUGUUAAGAUUAUUAAUGUUGGCUUAUUUCCAUAGAUCUGGAAGUCUGUUUGAUAUUAAACUUAAGAUCAUAAUUAGGAGUAUUUGCUCAUAAUACUGAUGGCAAGAAAGUAGGGAGGAUUUAAAAUCUUUACCUGACAGUGCCCUAAUGUGACAGUUAUGUGGCCAUUGCAGAAAUAGGCACAAUACGAUGAUGAAGUCAUAGAAAAUAUUCAAAACAUUGUGGAAUACUGCUUGCGCUACUUACAGAUGUAAAUGUAGGUUUUGAUUACACAGCUUUCACAUUCCUCACAUUUUAUGUCCUUCAUUAUUUACAUUCAAGCAGGUUCUGUCACUAAUAACUUGUAAUGCCAAAGUCUAUUUAAAAAAACUCAUUUCUUACCUCAUCCUAUUUUCCAAUAUGGUAGGCCAUUAUUUUGCAGAGAGCAGGGUAUAUUUAAAUUAUCUAGCAUCUGCUUGUAUAAGCCACAAAAUCCACAAUUGCUUCUGGUAUAAUCUGAAUGGAUGUUCAUGCUCCAACCAUUAAAAAUUAAAUUCUAUCUUUGAACCUGACCAUAUCCCAUUAACAUAAAAUAAUUUCAACUGAAUUAAAACUUCAAAAAUAAAGCAUUCUUAGCUUGAAAGAAAGAACAAUAUCUGUGAAGUUAAUAUUGAAACUGUGUAAAAAAAAAAAGACAAUCAGUUAGGUGAAGUUAAAAUGAAAAAUGUUUAAAUAUUUUAUAUUCAAGAUGGCUGAUGCGCAACUCUGAACUUAAAACAAUGUUUUGCCUUUUUUAAUGCAACCUGCAUAAACAUAUAGGUAGACCAUAUGCAUGGGUAUUGUCUUGUUUAUGAUAAUGCUGUCAUAAUGCUCUAUUUUUAAGUAGGCCUCAUAUUUUUACUAAUUUUUAGAUAACUUGUUUUAUUAUGUAAGAGUCUGUCAAAUUUUGUAAAAAAAAAAAUAAUGAUCUACCAGGAUAUAUACUUUUGUAGACUGAGAUACAGAUAUUGUUGUGUGUUGUGAAAUCUAUUUUGAAGAAAAGAUUGUGUGUAGACAGGUAGUAUAUUUUGCUACCAAGAACAUUUGGGUGAUAAACUGGGUUCUUUUUGUUCUGUAGCAUUAGCACAAAGUAAAUUUGGUGCACUUAUAUGUAUAAGGCAUGUACACUUGAUAACAUUUUACAAAAUGUUUUAAAAUGUAUUCUGUAUAAUACAUAACUAACUAACUAGAUGA